CCGGGUUCGAUUGCUUUGGCCCGUUUGUCUUGUUUUCAUGAAGAGGGGACAUACAGAAACAUCUAACAGCUUAUUGCGUGGCUGUGACAACAAAGGUGUGGCCUCACAGCACCGCCCUGCAUUGCCAUGGAUGCCUGCGCCCGGAUCAAAGGUGUUUCACUCAAGAACCGUGCCAGGAUCAGGAAAGAGACUAUCCGUGAGAGUUCAGCCCUGUCCCUGAGGAGCCUUUUAAAGAACAGGAAAGAGCUGAGCAAUGUGGUGCCAGAGCUGCAUACUAGAGAGCCACAGUGUCUGCAACAAAUACAUUUCAUAUGCUUACCUAGUUAUACAGGAGGGGAAGAUUUCACACUACAGGCUGUGACCUCUCUCUCUACUGAAUUGUUGGAGUUGCUAAGAUCCCUACAUGUACAUACUCUCAAAGAUGAAGAAGUGCUGCUCAUCAAAGAUCCAAAGCGAACCUUGGACAGAAAAGAUGGAAUCUCUCAGACUAGCUCAUCCGGAGCCAUGUGCAUACUGAGACAUGGCAGCCCUCAACAGAUCAAUGUUUGUACUUUGCUGGGGCUACUGAGCUGCUAUACAGCAGGGAUCAGAUAUGCUCUGGAGGUACAGUCUCUGCAGAGGGGCAUAUCGGAGUCAUGCCAAGCUGAGGAUGAUGACACCAACCAGUCUGUCUCUUCUAUCGAGGAAGAUUUUGUCACAGCUUUUGAACAUCUUGAAGAGGAGGAGACAGUUGUAUAUAACAAAAGAAACCAGAGGGAUGUGGCCUCCCAGACUCUCCCCUCCCAUUUCAAAGAUUUCUCUGGGUCCCGUAUCAUCCUUAGUUCUUUCUCCAAGAAGUCUAACAGUAGACUGAAGUCAACUUCUGAUGUGUCAGAAUCAGUACAGAAGUCACCAACAGCAUGGUCUAGGGGUGCAGAGAAUGAAGGGAACCUAUCCACACCAAGUAACCUACCAAAAAGACAUGUUACCUCUACAUCAUUCACUGAAUCUGACGAUUCAGACUGCUCUAGUCCAAGUCCCAUUAUUUUUUUGGACGAGGUUGGUUAUCAGAAGAGUCUAAAGGCAAAGCUUGACAUUCCAAAGAUCCCUGUUCUUAAAGAGGGAGUAGAAGAUUCUGACUCAGAAGUGUGUGAGUUUUUUGAUAGUUUUGAUCAGUUCGAUGAUCUGGAUCAGUGUUUUGAUUCCACAAUGAAGGUGCCAGAAGAACAGGUCCUCGAUGUCCAGAAAAAAAAGCCGUCUGACAGCUCGGUUAGUAAAUAUGAGUCAAAGGGUGCCUCAACAAUAGCAAUGAACCCUCACAAGUUUGACCACAGGACUCUUCCAGCCAAUAUCAGGAAGCCCACUCCACUUAAACCGGGAUCUCCGUAUAGUAUACACUCCGAUGCUCCAGAUUCUCCACGACCAGUGAGGACAUCCUGUGAGGAGAGUGGGGGACUCUUCAGCCCAGUUCACUCGUCAGCAUUUAGUCCUCUGGGAGAAGGAGGAGGCUUGGAGUGUUUUUGGAAACUAGAUGGAGAUGUUUCAGAAUUGCGCAAACCCCAGGACCUUUGUUCACUAUAUAAAACUUAUUCUGAUUUUGCAAGCAAUCUCUCGAAAGAAAUUCUUGGAACUGUUUGUGGGUUCUCUUCUCCUGUUGACAUUAACAUUAAUAAGAACUUGAGCUGUGUGUGCCAUAAAGAAUUUACAAACACUAACGGACAUCGGAUGAAACUGUCCGAUAUUCAGGAGACUGUCACUAUUGCCAAAUCGCACUCGCAGUCUCUGAAGGAUGGGAUUCAGAAGUUUGCCACAGACUUGGUUGAAAUGAGCAUUGGCAGUGCCUUAAGAGAUUUACAGAAAGGAGUGUCGUCCUGCACUACAACACUUUGCCAUUUAGCUGCUAGGCUAACAUCUUCAGUGUUUCAUAUGGCCUUUCAAGAGAUAGGAAUGCGCCAUGCAUACGUGUUAAAAGAGCGUGCCAUAAACGGAUUGGCUGGUUUCCUUGUUGGGGAAGCAGUCUCUGGAGCACUGAAAGAGUUUCUCUUUGUGAAAAAGCAGAUUUUUAACAACACUGUCACCAGAUUUGCAGCUGAUCUUGCUGAGGAAUUAGUAUUUGAGGGAAUUAUGGAGGUAUGCCAAUUCUCAUAUCCUUCUACACCUCUUACCCCAAAGGAUUGGUCUUUUGAGCAACAAGAGGAAGUGGUUUGUUCUUAUGCUUCAGAUCUUUCUGAGUCAGUUCUUCAAGAAGCCUUCAUAGAACUGUCCAAAGCUGAUGUGACUUUCACGACACAGGCAGCCAUAAGUGUCUCAUUGGACAAUAUCUGUUAUGUCAGUGCUGAAGAUGCAUCUCAGACUACAAAAAUCUGCAAUGCCCAUUCAAGUUACCAGAAUUCACAGUCCCUUGUCCAGGCUGGAAACCAGGAAGAAGAAGAUGGCUGCACUGUGAAGAAAGCUUUGUACUGUGUUUCUGGAAUGGCCAGUUGUGUUCCGGUCCCUGCAGCUGGCAAAGCUAUAUCCUACCUGCAGAACCCAGAGGAAAUGUGUCAGUAUAAGUCUAGCAUUAGUCACACUUGCCAGAGCAGCCCCAAAAGAAGCAUUUGUUCCCAAGGAAGGGCAGUGACCUCAACUUCAAACACAUCCACUGCAACAUUUUCUGAGUCAGUGCUAGGUAUUUCCAAAAUCCGUAAUGUCUGUGGUAAUCUUGGGAAUAUAUCUACAAGUGCUGCUGAGAAACCUCCAGUGGGAAAAAGUUUUGAUAAAGGUUCUGGUUCUAUGGUUGAGACAAUAGUGGGUGAAGCGUUUGACGUUGUGUCCACAUGCAAAAUGAAGAAAAAAGUGGACAGCUGUACUGAUUUCUUAAGUAAAAAUCUAGGGAGUCGGAUGGCUACAUGUACUGGUAUAGCAAAAUCCCAGGACGUGGCAUGUCAAAGUUCACCACCUUAUAAUUUAAGCAUAUCACAGAAAAUCUUGUCUUUAAUUCCUAAAGGGGAUUUGACCGAGUCAUCAUCAUUUUACUUUCAACCUCACUUGACUUCGAAGAACGUAGAUAAAACAUUUUGUCAAUCUGGCUUAAGAAAUACCCGUACGCUCGACAAAGUCUCGCCAGAAGUCCAGUCUGCCGUGAUGAAGGAUACUUUGGAAGUGCCUAGUUUUGAAGGGGGCAUUCGUGGAGGCAGAAAAGUCGUCCCAGAAGAGGGGCUUAAUGGCAGCACUGGAACAAAAUCCAGUGGAUGCCCUGGCACUCCUCCCUCAACUCCCCAACAACCAUCAGACAUCUCGAGUGAGAAAACGCUUAAACAGUUUUCAAAGAAGCUCAAGGGCAAGCUUGCAAAGGAAUUCUCCCCUGCAACACCCCCACCCACCCCACAUUACGAGCCCACGCCAGGACUCGAAGAGGGCUCAGAUUCAGAGAAAGAGGAAUUCAUGCUGAGGCUCAUGAGGUCCCUUUCUGAAGAAGCUGUCAACAAUGAAGAUGAAGAUGAUGAUGAGCAGGAAGAUGGUCUCCGCUCUGCGACCCUUAACACAGAGCAAAGUCCCAGUGUGGGAAACAAAAUGAUUGAGAGAGGGGCUCUGCAUUAUGCUGAGCGUUUGGCAUGCCAUAUUGUUUCCAUGGCAACUGAGAUGGACACUUUAAGCAUUGGUGAUGUAAGUAAGCCAGAGAAUGAAGAAGGCAAUGAAGGCUUUGCUUUACACAGUGCACAAAUCUCGGAACAGACCUUGAAUUCCUUAUGGACCUAUGCUGGGGAAAUUGCCGGGGAAGUCAUCAGUGAUGUAAAGAGGAUGAUGAGUUCCAGUAAUUGCCAUCACAAAACAGUCAAAAGAGGAUCUUUUAAGUCAGAUAAGCAUCAGCGUGGUGACUGGAAAGACUGUCAUUUUGUCAGCAAAUCUAACCAGUGGUUUGCUGAUCUCAUUCCACCAGUUUCCAGUACUCACAGUAACACUUCAAGUAGAAUCUCUACCCAGGCUGAGUACCCAAGCUGUGAAAGUGUUACUGAUGAGUACGCAGGAUAUGUUAUCAAGGUACUUAAAAAAGAUGGAGGAAGCCGGGAACUUAUCCUGGAUCAGUAUGCCAGUCAGGUGGCUUAUAAGUCUAUCAAAUCAGGCCUAGCUCAUGCUGCACAGAAAAUAAAGCAGAAGUCCCCUUUAAGGCUUGGCUUAUCUCGACCAUUACACCAGGAGGGCAGCCGUAACAUUUGCAAGAUCCCACCAUCUGAGUCCUCUCCUGCCAUUCUUACCCGAGGACAAGAAGGGUCCUCUAGUGAAUCCAUGCUGUGUGUUUGCCAAGAUGUUGAAAACAUUGGUAAAAAGGAAUACAUGGAACUUGUGAACUUUGCUGAGUCAUUGGCCUACAAUAUUACAUGUGAUGUCACAAGAAAGCUAAGAAUGUCCACGAUCAGGCUUCCAAAAUCGCUUACAGACUCAUGUCUCUACAGGAAGUCAAAUGUUGAAGACAUGGCAGAAAAUUUAACCAAAACUGCAUUUUCAUGUUCAGUGCUACCAUACACCGGGAAAAACAGGCAAUAUCAUAGCACCAGCAGCUUAGAUGAUGGAAAUUACAGUAACGGUGUUAUGCAAGUAAUUGAGCAUUAUGCCAGGAAGAUUGUUGAUGACACUUUGGAAAUGACUCUGGGGUCUACAGCUCUUCAGACAGCAGAAGAGAGGAGGUCUUUGGAACUCAGUUCUUUCACCGAGAAGCUGACCGAUGCAUACAAGACUUGCCAGUACUGUCAAGCAAGAGAUUGCUUAUUUUGCAAAAAUUGUCACCUUAAGUACCAUGGAAUGCAGAGGAGAAUGCAGCAAGACUCUGACACAAUGGUUGGUCUUGAAAUUCCCAAAAUCCACAUAGAUUUGGAGAAGAGAACAGUUUUUGCUGAAGAGAUGGUAUCUGCCGCACUUGAGAAAGCUAAAAAGGAACAUAGCAGCACCAGCUUAAAUGCAGACAGUGGGAUUGGUUAUGAUGGCGCAAGCUUUGCAGAAAGCCUUACCACAGAGAUCAUGACGUCUGCAUUGUCCAACGUCUGCCAAACCAUCAACCUCAGUGGCCCUGGGAGUGAGAGUGUCAACGUGACCGAGUCAACGAUAAGUCAGCAGCUGAAUCUAAGCGUGGGAGAUGACAGUCUUGGCAGCUGGUCUAACUUGAGCUUUGAAGAAGACCAUCCCGAUGAAAGUAGUAGCUUCCAUCACCUAAGUGACAGCAGUAAUGGGAACAGCAGUAGCUGGAGCAGUCUGGGGUUAGAGGGCGAGGUUUAUGAAGAGCAUUUGUCCUUCUCCCCAUCAGACAGUGACUACACAGAGGAAAAGGAAACGGAGGCCAAGACCUUCAUGGGUGGGACGGUGCGAGUGGAGAGGGGCCGCACGGAAGGGGACAGGGCUCUGCUGGUGGUCAGUACAGAUGUGUGGGGGCAGGGCCCAGAUCCCCAACUGAGAACUGUGCUGCAAUGGAUGGCAGCCUCAAUCACCGAGCUGCCAGUCAUGCAACUCAGCCAACAGUCUGAAAGAGAGGUGCAGCAGUUUCUGCAUGUAGUUCAGAGGCUGAGAGAGAGAGACUGGAGAGUCGGCGAGCUCCUUCAGGCUCUGCUUAGAUACUAUGAGGAGUGUCCAACCGAGGAGCAACCAUGUGCUGAGGAUACAAGACAUGAACGCAGGUCCCUUUUCCACUGGCUUCUUGAACACCCAUAGACCAUUACCACCCACUGCUCACACUAGUGACUGGCACGCCUGUAGUAAGCGCUAACGGCAGUGUAUUGAGGUGAAAGUUUCCAUCACUUUCACAUUUAUGUGCAAUGUAGCUGCCAAUUUAAAAGUCUAGCCCGUGGGAUGUAUCUGGUGCGCGUGUGUCUGAGUGCAUUGCAUGCCGUGACUGAAGGUAUUUUUGUUCUCCACCUUUGGUUGUCACUUUUUUUUGUUUAAUUUGAUAUUGGAUUGCAUAUCACACACUUAGUAUGUUAUCAUUUGCACUUUUCUCAGUGUUUUUGCUUUCAUGCCCUAAGCCAGUGUUACAGCAACAAACAGAGAGGUCAGUGACUGCAUUGCUUUGUCAAAGGGAAUCCCUAGAGUAGAGAUCACCUCUCCUUAUGGGAAUAUACAUGAUAAAGGGACCAGCCAUCCAAACCACUACACAUCCCUUAUCCAUGUUCCUGGUCACUGCAGAAUUUUGUCACUUGAAAUACAAACGAAUGAAAAAAUAGGUAAAUUGUUCCGUUAUAACAGGUGCACAUGCAGCUAUCCAAGUUAUCAAAAUAAGAUUUCAUGGUAAAUAUUUUGACACUUUAAAACCAGCUGCUAUUGAAAGACUCCAUCAAAAUAUAUUUUGAUCAUAUUCCCCUCUCAGUGUGAAAAAUACCCUUACUUUCCCUUUUUCAGUGUCCUCUUUAUUAAAAGGCCCUUAUGGAUAAGUAUUUAUGACACUGCAGUGUGUGUGUGUGUGUGUGUGUGUGUGUGUGUGUGUGUGUGUGUGUGUGUG